AUGGCUACAAUUGCACUUAAUCACUUUUUAUCCUUCUUUUCAUUGGAAGCGUUGGAUGGUCGUCUUGCUCCAUCUGAAAAUCAAUUGAAAAGACAAGCAAUCAUAAAGAAAGUUGGACCUCAAUCAAGAUGGUCAACUUUAGAAUUCAAAUUCUAUGGGAUUGUAUUUGCUAUAGUCGUUCCAUUGAUGUUUAAAACUGCUAUGGAUGCUUCUAAUGAGACUAAUGCCAAUUAUACAAGAUUUGCUCAUUUAUUAAGUAACGGGUGGUUAUUCGGUCGUAAAGUGGAUAACUCAGAUCAACAAUAUCGAUUCUUUAGAGAUAAUUUCUUGAUGUUAUGUGGAUUGAUUGUUGCUCAUUGUUCAUUAAGAAGAAUCUUGACUCCUUUAUUAGGUAUUCCAAAACGUACUUAUUUUGAUUUCGUAUUUGGAAUAGUGUUUAUAAUUGGUGCUCAUGGAACUAAUUCAUUAAGAAUUUUAAUUCACGUUUUAAUUAUUUAUGGUCUUGCAAAAUAUAUCCCUUCAAAUAAGAUAGCAGUGAUCGCUGUAUGGGUUUAUGGGAUCCUGACUUUAUUCAUUAAUGAUAAUUUUAGAACUGUCAAGUUUGGUAUCUCAGCAAUUGAUAAUGGAUUCUCAGGUAUAAUUUCUCGUUGGGAUGUUUUUUUUAAUUUCACUUUAUUAAGAAUGUUAUCAUUCAGUUUGGAUUAUUUAGAAAAGAAAAGACUCAAAACUCCUCCUAAUGAUAAAGAAAUCCUUGAUCUUUCUUAUCUUGACGAUAGACAAAGACUUGAAGCUCCAUUACCCUUGGGUGAAUAUAAUUUCUUAAAUUAUAUUGCUUAUCUUACUUAUACCCCAUUAUUCAUUGCCGGUCCAAUCAUUACUUUCAAUGAUUACAUAUAUCAAUCCAAUUAUCAACCAUUAGCCAGUGUCAAAAACUAUAAAAGAACCUUGAUUUACUUUUUAAGACUUUUGUUUUGUAUUUUUGUUAUGGAAUUUAUUCUUCAUUUCAUGUAUGUUGUGGCCGUUUCAAAGACCAAGGCAUGGUAUGGAGAUUCACCAUUUCAAAUCUCGAUGAUUGGUAUGUUUAAUUUAAAUAUAAUUUGGUUGAAAUUAUUGAUUCCUUGGAGAUUAUUCCGAUUUUGGAGUUUAUUAGAUGGGAUUGAUCCACCUGAAAAUAUGAUUAGAUGUAUGGAUAAUAAUUUUUCAGCUCUUGCUUUCUGGAGAGCAUGGCAUAGAUCAUACAAUAAAUGGAUUGUGAGAUAUAUCUACGUUCCAUUAGGUGGAGGUGGUAAAUACAGAAUUGUUAAUAGUUUAUUCGUGUUUAGUUUCGUUGCCAUAUGGCAUGAUAUUGAAUUAAAAUUAUUAAUGUGGGGUUGGCUAGUAGUGGUAUUCUUAAUGCCUGAAAUAUUAGCUACUAUGACAUUCAAGAGAUUUGAAGAAGAAUGGUGGUUUAGAUAUUUAUGUGGAUUUGGUGCUGUUAUAAAUAUCUGGAUGAUGAUGAUUGCAAAUUUAUUUGGAUUUUGUUUAGGAAAAGAUGGUACUCUUAUAUUAUUACAUGAUCUCUUCAAAACCUACAGUGGUAUACAAUUCUUUAUAUUAUCAUCAGGAGCAUUAUUUGUCGCUUCUCAAGUGAUGUUUGAAUUAAGAGAAAGUGAAAAAAGAAGAGGAAUUGAUGUUAAAUGUUAG